AUGUGUACCAUACAGAAGUGUACAAUAGAGAAGUGUAUCAUAGAGGAGUGUAUCAUAGAGAAGUGUACUGUAGAGAAGUGUAUCAUAGAGAAGUGUACUGUAGAGCAGUGUAUCAUAGAAAAGUGUAUCGUAGAGAAGUGUAUUGUAGAGAAGUGUAUCAUGCAGAAGUGUACUGUAGAGAAAUGUAUCAUAGAGAAGUUUACUGUAGAGAAGUGUGUCAUAGAGACGUGUAUCAUAGAGAAGUGUACUGUAGAGAAGUGUAUCAUAGAGACAUGUAUCAUAGAGAAGUGUAUCACAGAGACAUGUAUCAUAGAGAUGUGUAUCACAGAGAGGUGUAUCAUAGAGAAGUGUAUCUUGGAGAAGUGUACAGUAGAGAAGUGUAUCUUGGAGAAGUUACUGUAG